UGCUCAGAGGGUUGGUUGCCUCGCGAACUUACUGCCGUGCAGUUAUCUGUCGACAACGCACGGGGAAAGCUGCGCGCAAAUAUAAAGCUUUGAGUCAUAGCACAGGCGACAAUGACGACGCUUUUACGGAAAAUGUGGAAAAACCAUUCGAAACACAAAAAACUAUGCGAGGAGUGGGCCCUAGCUGAAUGUGAGGGGGAAGGCUGGUGGAGGGAGGCGAAGGAAGGCCGGGGCUGCACGGAAGUCCGGUACGCCGGUGCUGCCCCCGUGGAGCGCGCUGCUUCGGCGCCCGCCACUGCGCUUGCGGUCCGGUCAGCGUUGCAUACUGCUAAAACUCUGAACAAAAAAUUACAGAGGGUGAACUUGGACAUCAGCGCUAAAGGCAUUCUGGUGAACGACGCCGAGACGCAGGAAAACGUUCUCAGCGUUUCAAUUUACAGGAUCUCAUAUUGCUCUGCGGACGCGGCAAACGCUCGCGUGUUUGCGGUGGUGGAAGGCAAAAGCUUAAGCGGGGAAGAGAAUCACGUGGUGCACGUAUUCGUGUGCGCGCGGCGGAAGCAGGCGCGCGCACUCGCUCUGUCACUCGCACACGCCUUCAACGAUGCUUACCAGACUUGGCAAGCAAAUGAAGCUGCGUCGUUCAAAUCGGGAGGCGAGCGCCUUGUAACUCCAUGGGUCCAUUUCCCCGAUGAAUCUGACGAAGAAACUGAAAACGAGCAAUGGAAUACUCCCGCUCCGCUUGUGACUUUCGCCUGAACUCUAAUUACCUAUUUAAAAAUAUUUAACACUCAGUUUACAUUGGCGCGGAAUGAAAGCGAACAAUAACCAAAUUUUAUAAUGAUGCUCGAGUAAAUCCAUACUAGGCAUCAUGGGCUCCUCGUCCUCUAUCAUACCUACUUAUUUAAUAUACAAACAUAAUGUGUGAAUUUGUAUUGUAUCAGGUAAAAGUAUACUAUUGAGCUAAAUAGGAGACAAAUAAACAUACAUACAGCUCAACGUAGAACAACCGACUUCCAAAGAGACCUCCUCCUUUUAUGUAUAUGUAUGUAUUUUUUGGAAGUCAGUCGUCCGCGUCUGUCAAAAGAGAAGAAUUCCCAAGGAUUAGCUGUUGAUGUCGUUCAAAGUCUUGAACAUUUGAACGUUUGUCAAUGUAUUAUCUCGAGAUUUAACAAUCAUUCUCGGGAAUUCGCGAAUCUUUUCACAUGACGAGGUGUAAUUGACGCUUCUAUUCCAAUUCGCAACUAUGUGAACUGAGUCUAAAUUAAAUUUAACUCUGGCCUAAGCUUUAAAAAUAAAUUUAAUCAUAAUUAAAUAUAUAACAUGUAAUGUAGAUUUAUCAUAAUAAGUAAAUUAAAGUAGUUAGUAUGUUGGCAGUAAAUAUUACGCAUUUAGAAAGAUUUUAAAAAUUCAUUUGUGACUGUUUGAAGAUAUUUAAUCAAAAUGAUUACCUGAAAAUCUGUUUAAGUAAUUAUUGAAUAAUCAAGCAACGUGAAUCGUUAUAAAUAGUGUAGACUUUUAUUUACUGUUUAUAUUUAUACGAUAUAUAUUUUAUAUGCAUAGUAGUUGGAACUAUUUUCUCAGUAGGUAAGUUUAGCUAGAACGGCGAAACAGAUUAAUUAAACAAUAAAUUCAAUUUAACAAUUUUUCAUAGGAAAUAACACAAAGUAGGGAGGAGAGAAAAUUCAGAUGCUUUAAAGUGAAUUAAAAAUGUAAAUUAUUUCGUACAACAAAAAUGAUUACUUACAAAGUCUUGUAGAUUUAAAUAAUUUAAUUUAAAGUUUAUUAAUUUUAAUCGACAUUAUACAUAAGAACUAUUAUAAUGAAGUUUCAUAGAAUUAUUAUAAUUAUUGUUAAUGAUUGAUACCUAAUUAUGUUUCAAUUAUCGUGCCAUUAUAAGAAAAAUCAAUUAUAAAGAAAUUUGAACUGCAUAAACAAAAAAUGAUUUGGUAAAUAAAUUAAUUCAUUCUUAUUUUAGUGAAAUUGUUAAUAAGGUAGGG